GCGGAACGCCCCGAGGUCAUAGGCGGGGUCACGCGGAAGGCCGGACAGCGCAGGGCGAAAGGAGGCAGCAGGGCGAGGGAGCCUUCUCCCUCAGUAGGCGCUUCCCAUUCUGAGGGGGAGGAAGAGCCGAGGCGAGCUCGGGGCGUGUCCAAACUGCCGCCCCGCCCCGCUCCGCCCCGCGCUCUUCUUCGUCUCUCCGCUUCGCCUUCCAUUUGGAUUCCUGGAAAGGUUACCCGACCUGCGGUUGGGGCUCGGACCAAAGUCGAGUCCUCGAAAGGGAGCCUGGAGAGCGGCGGUGCUGGGAGGCCCGGCCAGCUCAAUCGCAGGCUUCUGCCUGACGGCCGAUGCUUGUUUGCUACUGAUGGGUGUGAGCAAGUUAGAUAUUCUAUACCGGAGACUUCUCCUAACAAAACUUUUUAUCAGAGGAUGGGGAAGGCCAGAAGAUCUCAAAAGACUCUUUGAAUUCAGAAAGAUGAUUGGAAAUCGAGAAAGAUGCCAGAAUCUGGUUUCAAGCGAUUAUCCAGUACACAUUGAUAAGAUUGAAGAGCAAUCAGAUUGUAAGAUCUUAGAUGGACACUUUGUUUCCCCUAUGGCUCACUAUGUGCCUGAUAUCAUGCCAAUUGAAUCUGUUAUUGCAAGCAUUAUUGAUGAAAUACUUGAUACCAACUUGAUUCUUCUACUUUUGUUCCAAUUUAUUGUGCCUAAAGAAUGGAACAGCAAAUAUAGGCCUGUAUGCAUUCAUCUUGCUGGAACAGGAGAUCAUCAUUACUGGAGGCGACGAACACUAAUGGCCCGUCCUAUGAUUAAAGAAGCCCGAAUGGCUUCUUUAUUGUUAGAAAACCCUUAUUAUAUCCUUUUAGCUCUGAGAGAACUUGGUAGGACAGUGGAAGGUAGAAGGUCCAGCUUAAAAAAUGUGUCUGACCUUUUUGUGAUGGGAGGAGCUCUUGUUUUAGAAUCUGCAGCUCUCUUGCACUGGCUAGAGAGGGAAGGUUACGGCCCUUUAGGAAUGACUGGAAUAUCCAUGGGAGGACACAUGGCUUCCUUAGCGGUAUCCAACUGGCCUAAGCCCAUGCCAUUGAUUCCAUGCCUGUCUUGGUCCACAGCAUCUGGGGUCUUCACUACGGGUGUGUUGAGUAAAUCAAUUAAUUGGCGGGAGCUGGAAAAGCAAUAUUAUACCCAGACAGUAUAUGAAGAAGAAAUUAUUCACAUGCUUGAAUACUGUGGAACAGAUUCUUUCAAAAUGGGACAAGAGUUUGUGAAAUGCUUCACUAGCAGUGCAGACAAGCUAACUAACCUUAAUCUGGUUUCCAGAACUUUAAAUUUGGAUAUAACAAACCAAGUUGUAUCCCAAAAACCUGCUGACUGCCAUAAUUCUAGUAAAACAUCUGUCAGUGCAACAUCAGAAGGACUUUUAUUGCAAGAUACCUCUAAGAUGAAGUGCUUCAAUCAAACACUUUCAACCAACAAAAGUAGUUAUACAAGUUGCAACCCUCAGUCAUACCACCUACUUAGUAAAGAACAAAGAAGAAACAAUCUUCGGAAAGAAUCUUUAAUAUUUAUGAAAGGUGUCAUGGAUGAAUGUACUCAUGUAGCAAAUUUCUCAGUACCAGUUGAUCCAAGCCUCAUUAUAGUGGUUCAAGCCAAAGAAGAUGCCUAUAUUCCACGAACAGGAGUUCGAAGUUUACAAGAAAUUUGGCCUGGUUGUGAGAUCCGAUACUUAGAAGGGGGUCAUAUUAGUGCUUAUCUUUUUAAACAAGGACUCUUCAGACAAGCCAUCUAUGAUGCAUUUGAACGCUUCCUCCAUAAAUACGCUAACUAAUUGGAUUAUUAUAUGUAACCAGUGUGGCCAAGAUGUUUCUUACAAAAGGAAGCUUCAUCCUAUGAUCAUGUGAAGGACAAGCAGACAGCACUAAUAUAUCUAAUCGCUAUCAAUGUAGUCUGGAAUUCAUUGCUACAGAUCCGUUAACUAUAAACUUUGAAUACAUUUGAAUAAUUUCAAGAUAAUAUUUGAAGUAAAUAAUGUUAAAGUAUUUUUAUUAUUGUUCAUUGGAAUCCCAUAUACUCAAUGUUUAGUCUGUUGUUACUAUCUAUGAAAACUAAAUUUUUAAUCAUGAAUAAUUUAUUAAAUUAAAUAAAUUUAUUCAUAGAAACUCUUCUGGGUUUUAGUAAAAUUGCUAAAUCAAACCAAGAUUUUAAUAUAUCAGCAUUUACUUUGUACCCUUAUAACGUUUCACUAUUGACUUUAUUUGAAAAACAUGUUUAUUUUUUGAAUGUAUGGUGAAUUCAUAAUCUUGUGUUCAACUAAUUUUCUGCUGUGGAAAUAAAUACUUAUGAUGUAUAAAA